AUGGGAGUUCUUGUCACACCACACGGAAGUCUCAAGUCAUCACGUGGUGUGAUAUCUGAGGUAGACUUGAUGUCAGAAGACGAAUCAGAUAUACUGUCGGGCCUUUCAGAUCAAGGUGUCACCAAUGUCCAACGCAUCUCUAUUCGUCGAGACGGCAGGGUGAUACCUACUAAACACCUAAUUCUGACAUUUAACAAGCCGACAUUACCAUCUGUUAUUACAGCAGGAUAUCUGCGUUGCCCACGGUUUGGACAUUCUCAGGCAUCUUGCCGUGGCAAGAAUGUAUGUACACAGUGUGGGGAUGAAGGUCACGAGAGUACCGAGUGUACCUGUACCCCAUGCUGUGUAAACUGCAAAGAUUCACAUCCUUCCUACUACCGAAAAUGCCCUGCAUGGCAGAGAGAGAAAGAGAUUCAGUGCGUGAAAACAGUCAACAAUCUACCUUACUCAGAGGCACGACGCAUGGUAACUUUAAAUGCACCAGUGAAACAGAAGACAUUUGCUGCUGUUCUGAAAUCCACAAAUACAUGUGGAGUUCAGACAUACAUUUCUGUUUCACCAAAUGAAUCUCUAACUCGCCACGAAAAAUGUUUGCUUAUACCAUCUACCCAAACAGCAGAAAAGGAGAGCAAGAAAACCAAAACACCCCUACCUAAAACAGGAGUCAUAACAACAUAA